CAGAAUUGAGCCUCCCCAGGUCUUUCCCACGCCCGUAUCUCAAAAAGGAGAGGCAUGGCCGCCCCGGCGUCGCCGCACUGCUCCCACUCCCAGUAAAGAAGCCUACUCCCCUUCCCCUCCCCUCGCCUUCUCGCCUUCGUCUUCUUCCCCGCACGAGCAUCCGCCUCUUCACCUUUUCCUCCCCCACGUUGAUCCUCCUCUCGCCCCCUUUCUCGAUUCUUUCUCCGUAGGAUCUUUCGCUAGGAGUAGCCUGCCUCGUCUGCGCGCUUGAACGGACAUGCUUAUUGUUGCGGCUUGAAAGGGGAGAAAAGCGGGGAUGGGUUCUUGCGCUUCGGUUCAAAACAAGGAUCCAGGCUUCCCCAAGAAGCAGUUUCUUGCGUCGCCCACCAAGGCGAAGGCUGCCAACGGCAAGGGCGGCGGCGGCGGCGUUGCUCCGCUUGGCGAUGGCUUUGGUGAUCUCAAGUCCAAGGCCGAGGGGGAGCAGCAGCGGGUAGGUUUUGACCCCAAGAGCCCGGAUUCUGGCAGCAAGGAUGAAGUGUUCUUCGAGUCUCGAGCUUGGUUAGAUUCGGACUGUGAGGAUGACUUUUACAGUGUGAAUGGAGAUUUCACUCCAUCUCGUGGCAGCACACCGAACUACCAACCUAGAACGCAAACAGUGAUGACCAACAUCUUUCAACCGGACAAUUCAGACAAGUCCAAAUCACCAGAACCUUCUCCAACUGGCAGGAGGAAACUAGCCGAGCUCCUGCAGGAGGCGAUGCAAAAUGGCCCUGAAGAAAGAACUGAUGUCAGCAAGAAUGAGAAGCAGCAGUUGCAAUCUGUCGCUGCAGACGGGAAGCCGGUGUCUGAAUCCACAUCCAGCUCUGCUUACACGGAACCAACGCCGACCGUGGUCGCCAAGAGCCGGAAGGAGAAGGCAUGGUACUCCGGGCGCUGUUGCCUGCCGAGCUUUGUUCAUAGCCUGACCUUAGAUGAGAGUGAGAGGGGGCAGAAGAUGAGCUCUAGGCCAUGUGCUAUUUGACAGUGGUGCUCCAGUGCCCUCCUGCCCUGAGCUGUAUUUAGCACGAUAUAUUGCCCGAUCUGGACCCUGAAGCUACUGUAAAGAAGUGGGGGAGUAUUAAGAGUACUAUAUCCUUGUAGGAAUCAAGUGGAUAAUAGCUACCCGUUAAAUUGAUGUGCACUGCAUGUUGAUCAACUGCAAGAGUAGAACAUCUACCCUGUGCAUAUCUUCUCGAAUCUUCAUGGAUAUAAAUAUAUAUAUUUUCAGAUGUCAA